AUGGUUUCGUCAAUGAAGCAGUACAGAGAUGAGGCCGAUGCACCAUCGUCCCUCUCCCUCUCGCUCUCCCUCGGCGCCGUGGCCGACCGCAGCAGCAAGAAGAUACGCCGCGGCGGCGCGGACGGCGAGUUCGUGUGCAAGACGUGCGGCCGCUCGUUCCCGUCGUUCCAGGCGCUGGGCGGGCACCGGACAAGCCACCUCCGUGGCCGCCACGGCCUCGCGCUCGGCCUCACUUCCGGGCCGGGGACCAAGAAGACCACGGACGAGAAGCGGGCGCACCAGUGCCACGUCUGCGGGCUGGAGUUCGAGAUGGGGCAGGCGCUCGGUGGCCACAUGCGCCGGCACCGCGAGCAGGAGUCUGCCACCACGGCGCAGGCGCCGCCCGUUCUGCUCCAGCUCUUCGUCUAG